ACCGGUGUAGCAUCAUUGGUGAUUAGCAAAAAUUCUGACGACGAGAAUGUCUUUUUAACAUCAUCCUGUUUCAACUUUGGAGUGUGUGUGAAGGAAACGUACCGUCCUCAUGCAGCCUCGGCCACUGGCGAGCAUCAGACCGGUGUAGCGGCGGGGUGGGGGCUCCUCUGUCAUCAUCAACAUCACCAUCCAAUAGAGGCUCCAGGCGGGGACACUUUUAAAGCGUUUCUCAGCAGCUCAGCCGACCAGAGUGUGCAUCCUCCUCCAGCGUCCUCACUGCGGGACGUCACUUUGCCAACAUGGACGAGAGGUGCCUUUGAAGCGGGGAGGCGAAGCUUAACGACGCCGGUGCCUUCAUGGAAGUGACCCUUCAAAGUGGUAAUGUGAGCAAGCGGCCUCAGUUUGUCCAAUGAUUGACACCAGUACGCCGGCCAUGCUGGACAGAACCGGGCCAGCGCACUGCACAGUGUGCUGCUGCACGCUGGCCAACAAAAUCCUCAUGGUGGUUUUCAUGGUGCUGCUGAUCCUGGCCAUCCUGUUCGGGAACCUACUGACGCUGGCAGUGGUUCUGGGCACCAAACACUUUCACACGCCUCAGGGGUACCUGAAGGCCUCGCUGGCCGUGGCCGACCUGGCGGUGGGAGUCUUCGUGGUGCCACUUUCAGUCUACGCAGAGGUCUACCUCAUGGCCACCGACUCCGCCCCCGAGUGGACGGCGUCCAACUCGCAGUCGGUGAGUUUUCACCCUUGCAAUGUCAUCGGGCCCAUCUUUGCUGGAUGCACAUUGGUGUCCAUCACCACCAUAUUCUUGCUGACCAUCGAGCGGAGCAUUGCCGUGCUGCGCCCGCUGCACAAAGACUCCGUGAUAACCCGCAAAAGGACCACCAUCCUCAUCGUGCUCUCCUGGCUGGGGAGCUUCUUCCUGGCCGUGUCGCCCAUGGUCUUCAGCCGUGAGAUCGCCCUGGAGUACAACCCCUGCAGCCGCAUGUGCAACUAUGCACUUGGGACCAUCAGCGAGUUCCCCUCGCAGGCGUGGAACAUCCUCCUCCUCUUCCCGGCCUUCGACUUCACGCUGCUGGGCGGCACGGUGGCCAUCAACAUCAUCUCGCUGUCCAGCAUCAGGCAGCACUCGAAACGCAGGAAGCACCUGGCGGAGGCCGAGUGUCAGAGUGCCACUAAGCCCAGCUUUUCUGACAUUAAAGCGGCCAAAACCAUCGGGACACUGACGGUAGCCUUCAGCGCCUCCUUCACGCCCAUCGCUGUCUUUGUGGUGGGCAACGUUUUGGGAAACGAGUGGUGUAACUUUUCCUUUUUUGCCUUCUGGAUUUUGGCAGCCAACAGCUGCUGCAACGUGAUCAUUUACAGCGUACGCGAUCAGAAGUUCAGGCUUUGUGCACACAAGCUGCUCAUGCCUCUGCAGAAGAGCGAAGCAAACAAGAGCUGCAGACAGACUUGACCUUUCAGUAUUUAAACACGCUUUGCUGUGUGACGUCUUAUGAACGCUGAUCAUUGUGGGAGUGGCUAGUCUUGUUCUGUGUCAAGAUGUGGAAUGGUUCUGUAGCUCAGCUCCUCAUUGAAAAAGUGUGAUGCAGACCAACAUCUCAUAUAUCACAACAAAGUUCCUCAUAAAAACACGCGUCUGCGCUUUUUGUGUGGUAAAAUGUGUCCUUUCCAGCAUUGUGCUUGACUUGUAUGGAAAUUACGUUUCUAAGUGAUGUAUUGGAAUUGUUUUGGAGUGGUUGUCAUGUGACAGUCAUGUGAGUAUCCCAGGAUAUGGCUUCCCUAAAAUGGCAAAGUGUCAGGUCGAAAAGCUCUUUUGCCAUUCAAUGUCAUUUUAAAGCCAGGGUCAAAGAUUACAAUUCUCGUGUUUUUACAAGGAGUAAAAACACGUUAGAAUAUUCGACGAUUCGAUUCAGAGUCUGAUUAGACAACAAAUCUCCCCGUGGAAUAGGAUGAAAAUGUCACAUGACCAAGAGUGUGCCAUUCUGGGAAUUCUUAGUUUUUCUUAUAAAUAGCCUAUUUUGAUUUGAAAAAAAACCCACCCUAAUUUGUGUUAAUAAAGAAUUGAAAAAUACGUGUGUGUUUAACAGAAAACCUAUACUUACCAUGAAUUAUUAAAAUCACCUGCUUCAGUGAACACCACAGACACUUAUUGGCUACUAAAAAAGUCAUCCAAAGUGUGAAAGUAUUUCAAAAAAGUUAUAUAUUACAGUUAAAUAGUAGUUUUUGUCCACAACAUCUUACAUAUCACGCGACAACCUACAUGGCUGUUAACAUUUAAAGGAAAACUGCACGUUUUGGGGGGAAAAUUUGCCCAUCAUCCACAAUCUUUACAUGAGACAUGAACACACGUCUUUCUCUUUUCUGUGCUUUCUAAAGAUAAAAAAACUGAUAAAAAGAGACAGCUCAUUACCGCAUGGAAUGGGACACACAUAUGCUGUCUACAAACACUGCUAUUAAAACACCUCCAAUAAGGUUGAAUGGUUUUACUGCAUAUAUACAUACAUGCUGUAACCAUGCAACAUUCAUGAUAGCAUGUAAUACUUUUUACUGUAUUUUGGUCCAUUUAAGCAUUACUGGAAUGUCAUUCCUUAGCGCAUUGCUUUCACAUAUCCAUAGACACAAACGCCUAUACCUAAACUCAGAAAGAAAACCAUAGCAGCAGUGAUGGCAGCGCCAAUAUGUAGCCUUACCUUUUUGGUAGGAGUCUAACGCAAUAUAAGCACAAAGCUAACGCGCUUCCGUGUGGUGUGGCGAAGUGUCAGUGCGCCAGUAAUGUAAUUUACGGCUUUUUCCUGAUUAUGGAGUCUCCACAGCGGAUCUUUUAACAAUGUUAAUAAUAAUCAUAAUAAUUGUGUUGGUGUGGCUUGGUUAAUAUGCACAUGAAUGGAGCGCUGUUAGCGCUUUUUGGAUUUGAAUAUGUGCUUCCCAUUAGGUACAGUAAUGAGCUGUCUCUUUUAUCUGUAUUUAUAUGUUUAGAACGCAUAUGUGUUCAUGUCUCACCAAAGGAUUGUGGAUGAUGGGCAAAAGUACAAAUUUCCUUUAAAACCUGACUGUGGAUUUUAAUCCAAUAAAAUUAGGUUGCUAACAGUUUAGCAAGCUGUUGUUUUACAAGACACGUUCCUAUUUUGUUUGCGCUUUUCUGAUGUAUGAAUGCGAUAGUAUUUCGGUUUUGUUUGUCUUAG